GAUCACUGGGCGAGUCCAACAACAGCUGCCCACCUCAAACUUUGCCUUUGCUUUCCGGAGUCGUCUGCCACGGUGGGUGGAACCCAGCAUUGGACAACCCAGCCCAGAUACCUAGCGGUUUGAAACGAGAGCGUCCGGGGCUGGUGGGACCGACAGAACUGAGGUCGACGUCGACACCACAACAUGCGGACGAGCCUUCGGGAGCUUGAUGAGCGGUUGUCAGUUGAAACCAGCCAGACCGAGCAGACCGGCGCUGGCGUUCGUCAAUGUUGGCAGCCGCUUAGCCAAUGUUCCGCCUUGUCUCGUGUAUCAAGCCAGCUGCGCUUCGACCGUCAUCGUCGGUCGCGCCCUAUCCCGUCUUUUUGGCCCCCCUCCUUCCCCUGCCGUGCGAGACUUGUGGCGCCUCGAGUUGGUCCGAAGGAUGGUGCCAUUGGUCCACUGACCAUGUGGCUUGCGACUCUCUUCCCUUGGUGUUGCAGUCCCUACUGUAUACGUACCGUACACUUACAGUGCAUCUAUCCGUACCGCCGAACAAUAUCUCGAUCCGGACUUGCAACCGCAUCAAGCACCUACCUACUUCCGCCUUUGAUCGCUGUCGAAGGAUAGAAGCACAUAGCUGUCUCGCGCGGCGAAACUCACGUUACCGCGGGAAGCAAGCACGAGCAAGCCCACGAACGGUUCAUAAGGAGGAGGAGGAGGAGGAGGGGUGCCCCGGGGGGGGAGGUGAGGUCCAAUGGUCGGUCGCAGAUCAUUGCACCUAAUAAGACUACAUUCUCCGCUUGACAAGCUGCCGCUGGUCGGUCGCGGAUAUCAUAGCACC